UUUCAGUUUCAUUUUUGAAGAUCACUUUGUGCGAGGCGGACGCGAGAGAGAGCCAGCGAGCGAGCGAGCGUGCGAGCGAUCCACGAAUAAACACCACACUACGGAACAGUUGACUGUAUAUGAUUAAUUUGUGUACUUAAUACAUAAAUAAAUAUAAUUAAAUAAACCAAGCUGUGCAAUCACAUCGGCAGCCGCCUCCCAGUGGCACAAGGAAGAGAGUGUGUGGAGUGGAGCCAAAGUGCAGUGCAGGAGAAAAACGCAUCCCAUUCGAAUUUCAUUUUGAAUUCCUAUAUUCGAGCGAUCGCAUCCAUUCCGUUCGAUUCCAAUAUCAAUGUCAAGUGGAUCGCGAUCACUCGGAAUCCGGGGUCAGGAGAGCGCUACGACUGAUUAACACUCCAUCUCCGGCUCUAAUGAGCGCAAAGCAAACGCAAACAAAUAAAUAAGUAAACAACGAAAACGGCAAAUUAACAAAAGCGAAAUCGGAAUCAAGAAGCAGAGGGAAAAAAUACGCGGAAUAUAGAAAAACACGUUUCCACAAAAAGCGCAUAAACGGCAACAAAUAACACAAAUUGUUGUCGCUUUUGUGGCUGAACACGCGUACGCAUUAUACGUUAAUCGGAGAAUAUCAAAUCGCAGGGAGACACCAGACGUACAGCUCCAACAGAUCAACAGAUCGCGCCCCAGUCUGUGUGGCUGUUUUGGGACUAACCCUGAUUCUGACUCUUACCAAAUAUGAGCAGGGGCUGCCUGUCGGACCAGUUGCUGUUGUAACGUAACCUGAGCAGCCGUGACCGAGACACCAAACCGCGUUAAGUGGAGACCAGACCUACAUUCACCACACACUCGUACCACCAACAUACUCGUACGUAGUGCGGCCAUGGAACGCUCUCACAGCUGCAGCAAUUUCGAGGCCAGAGUAGGGCCGGGAGCGGCACUGGCUAUAGCGGCCGGAGGGGCAGCAAUAGCCGGGUCCAAGGAGGUGCCUCAGCCGAAGGCCCACGCCGGCAGCAGCGACAACCUGCCGCUGAGCAUCUGUGCCAGCUCCGCGGAUCACUUUCCGCCUAACAAGCCGUUGCGCAAGCGCAAAAAGCUGCAGCGCCAGCAGUCGGCCGUCGAUGUGGACGACCUGGAGUGCGAUUGCGCAUAUGCCGCCGAUCUAGAGGAGAAUGCCGACCACGACCAAGACAUCGAAAACGACCAGGACAAGACCAGCCUGGACGCCUUGCCACACUUGCCCAGCCACUUCGCGCAACAGCAGAGCCCCGCCCAUGUGAGCAUGGCCCUGCAGCGCCACAUCUCCAUUUCCUGCAAGAGCAGCGGCCUGCGACGCUGUCGCUGCCUGCGCCACGAGGAGUCCUUCGACUCUUGCAGCACGGCACCGGAGCUGAGUCCGCAGGCCCAGCGCCAGCACCGAUUCAGUAGCCUGCUCUUGAGGGACAGCUCUGCCUCCGUGCAGUCGGACUCCAGCCGGUACUCGAGCGUGGACAGCCUGCUGGAGUCUCGCAAGCCGGAUCCGGAGGCCAUACUCAUCAACCUGGGCUUCGGUCCCGUCGGCUCCGAGGACAUGCUGUCGCGGAUACCGAAACGCUUCCUGAAACCCUCCCAGGUGCCGGGCAUCGACACGGAGGCGUUUGUUCAAAGACUGACCCUGGCCAGUUCCUUGGCAGACUCCAGUGUUCUGGGGUAUCGCGGACUCAUCGGCAACCCGGACAUGCCGCCCUCCUCGAUUGUGGCCAAGAUCAUGGAACGCUUCGAGGUGAACCACCAUCGUAAGAAGUCAAUGGGUUCCAUCGACCAUCCAAUACGAUGAUUCGCCUAAGCCAGAAGGACUCACCAUUCCAAUCCAUUCCAUUAUAAUCUUCUACUAUUAGUCAGCCAAAUAGGGGGCUCUACGUUUAAACUUGCAACCCAGCGGGGGGACAUGUGAUCAUUGUGAUGUCUUAUCUUGUCCAUAGUCCUUAGAAAUGCCGCGUACUUAGCUGUGUAUUAUUGUACCAAUCGAUGAACCAAUGUUUUUGUGAACUAUUGUAAACUCUAGUUAAAUAAGGAUUAAAGAGAAUUGUAUUUUAUUUUAUUGUA